CCCCCUUUGUUGGGGUUUAGCCGCCGGCAAAGGUAGAAACCUUAGCACGAGCUGUGAUACCAAGUUUUGUUUUAAAGCUUGUUUUCAUUGCACGUGUUGCAUUCAUUUGGCUACGUUUGAAAUGCGUUUUGGAAAUGAAACAUGACAAUCCUGGGCUUAAACUUUGGAAAGCAAACUCUGCUUUCUGCCUCUGAAAUGUAACUCGCUCAGCUCCACGCUUUUUAGUAACCACACCGGGCCAAACUACAGCCAGUGACAAGAGGGGAGGAGAGAAACCCAACUCAACUACGGAGAGGGGGGCUCACCCAAACACAAAAAAAGCAUCUAAGCCUAGGGGAAUACUUUGUUCUUCAAUAGCCAGUGUUAAUUGCAAAACUGUUUUUACAUCGCUCUGAUUAUUCGGUGAGGAAGUGAGCAACUGCUGUACUUGUGUGAGCGCUUGACGUUAUUUCCCCCCCCCUGUAUACGAUGGUUUUUCCCUAAGAGGCUGGACCAUCACGGAAAGCGCUAGAGAAAGAAGUACAACACUAAGGGGAGAGCGUGUUUGUUGGAUGUGGAGCCGUUUCCCUAGGCUGUUUACAGCUGCUUCCUCCGCUGCUCCUAAGAGAGUAGCGCAAGAGCCUUAGUCCUACCGGAUCUGCUUCUUGGGAAACAGAUUUCAUCAAAGAAUGUUUCGCCGGACAAAGCCAAAGUUCCCAGGAGGUGAAGAGGAAGAGUCACAUUAGCACAAGAAAAAAAAGUCAUCUAUUGACCGUUUCCUCUGUGUUGAAAGAUCAUUGCGUGCGCUUCACAAUUUUACAGAGAAUUCUGCAUAUAUUGCCUUCUGUUCUGCUUCCUGGUGAUACACCUGUGAUUAAAAAAAGUAGCAAAGAGCCACAUAAACGUGGCAUUCUGGGCUUGAAAAGCAAAACCAGAGGAGAUGGUUGCCUCUGAUCUUUUUUGCCUUUUGGGAAUUAGGAGGAGUGGCAGAAGGUGUCCUGGACUGAGUGUAAAUGCUAAUAGAAAGAAAGAAGUAAUACUCUUUGCUUGUGUUCUGCUGCAAGUUUUGGGUGAUGUGUCGUCUCAACCACAACAGCAGUCACCUUGUCCAACUUCUUGUGAGUGCUUUGAAGUAUCUAGGACUGUGAAAUGUGAGAAAAAGAAUCUCCAUGUUGUACCUCAAAACAUACCACCCUAUGUACAGAACCUUUCCAUCUCUGGCAACAAUAUCAGUACGUUGAAUGGGGCAUUCACACAACAACCCUUAUCAGAACUUUCAAAUCUUGAUUUUAGUGACAAUCACCUUCAAGAAUUGGGAAGCAAUGUUUUCAGCUUUUUACCCAGCCUCACAUCUCUUGAUCUCAGUAACAAUGACUUGGGGAAAAUGAGUAACUUGUCAUUCCAAGGAGCUGGAAGUGGCAUUAUCCCACUGAAGGAGUUAAAACUCGGCAGCUCUUUUAAUAACGAAUUGUUAAUCUCUAUGCUGGCAAGGGCCUUCGUGAUUGGAGCACCAAGCAAGCUUGAAAAACUAGAGUUAGCUGGGAAUGACAUAUUAUUUCUUCCCCAAGGUAUGUUUAGUCCAUUGCCUAACCUCAAACACCUUGAUCUGAGCAAUAAUUCCUUGACAAGCUUGUCAGCAUAUAUUUUCAAAGAUCUCGGCCAUCUUGAAACUCUAGAUCUUAGCAACAACUCUCUGAAGCGCUUGAGAAACGCCACAAGUUUUGAUCUUAUUGGUGAACAAAAUCUGUUAAUCAACCUUAACAAUAACAGCUGGGACUGUGACUGCAUGAUUGAAGAUUUUGCCAGCUGGCUUAAGGAGACCAAGUUAGUGAAAGAUGCAUCCAGUCUGGUGUGUGAUUUACCAGAGAAUAUGAUGGGCAGAGCAAUUGUUGACCUUAACAUAGCAGAGCUAAAAUGUCAGGAACCAGAUGACAACACCAGCUUGCAAACCUCCUAUGUUUUUUUGGGCAUAGUAUUAGCCCUCAUUGGAGUGAUCUUUCUGCUUGUUUUAUAUUUAAACAGGAAAGGGAUUAAAAAAGGGAUUUAUAACAUCAGAGAUGCAUGCAGAGAUCACAUGGAGGGUUACCAUUACAGAUAUGAGAUCAACGCAGACCCCAGAUUAACAAAUGUGAGCAUAAAUUCAGAUGUAUAGAGACCAAUUAUUCUUCAAAAAACGUCAGCUAUGCAUGAACAAAACAUAAUGACCGUGCAUCCCAACCCUGUGCUUGCUCUCAUCUUAACUCUGCUGGAAGGCAAUGACAAUAUCACAAUUCUCCAUGCAGGACAUUUGAAUGCCUCCAUCUGACUGUGAAGUUUAUUGCUGCAUUAUAAUUUACUUUGCAUUGCAGACUGUCUCUCACGUGCUGAAUAUCCGUGUACCAAUUUCAGUGUUUAUUCUUUGUUAUUAUGCUAUGGGAUUAUUCUUGUGAAAGAGACUCAAAGGCUGGAAUAAGUGCAGCAAAAACUUUUUUACUCUUUUAAGAGUUUCUUAAUUAUUACACCCACAUGCCAACCUAAUAGAUUACCAUUCAGCAACUGCCUCAGAUUUUCUUUGGAGCAAAUCUUUGUUCGUAGGGCUGCAGAUCUUUGCAUGUGCAACAUGGGAGCUCUUCCAGUAAAUUAGCAUGUACAAGCAUUUCGUCCAUUUCAAAAUCUCAAUGGAUGUAUUUACACAGUAAUGCAUUUGCACUGUUUUUUAUAAAGAUAACAAAAUGCAGUUUAUAUCCAAGCAGAUUUUUGGUAAACUGCCCAGAACUUUUAAUAGGAACUAAUGAAAUAAAGGUGAUGUUAAAUUAAUUACUGUCGUGUUGACAUUUUCUGCCAAAUAAUUUUUGUACUUUUUUGUAUUUAGUAAAAUAAAUUGGGAACUUUU